AUGACCUAUGCCGACCUCGUUCGGCAUCUCGACUGGACGACACGUUCAAGCUCACCUUAUGUGACGACUUCAUUCUCGUUCUUCUGGUGCCUUUGGGAUGCAGUGCGACGAUACAAACUCGCAGUAAAGCAUGACGUGGAAAUUGCUAUUAUCGACGCGCGCAAGGUACGCGAACGUGCGAAAACUGCGCUCGAAGUCCUUCGUGGUGUAGAGAAAGACAAACAAGACAAGGCGUAUUGGAAAUGGUACCGCUUUGCACUUGAAUCUCAGGAUGUCCUCGUAUUCGGAGCGAUACCUGGUGAUGCUAUCUACGCUUCCAUCCCGCUUACACAGAUUUUGCCGAAGUUACCUUCGUAUUUCUUCCAAGAUGAUGUGUCCAAAUCGGAUAUCUCGAGCUCAAGCUCAAGCGCGUCAGUCCCACGCCAUACAUCCCACGCGGAUUUCUGCAAGAGGCUUUCGGCUGUGUUUGCUAAACGACCUGAAGCCGAUCAACUUCGAGAUGCAACGACUAGUGCUGUCGGGCUUGCUGAGCUCUUAAUUGAACCAUGGUUCCGCGCACGCUGUGCCGAAGCUGCUCGUCGCGAAGCUGCUGCAGUGCUGUCGGAGUUAUCAUUGUAUCUAGCGCACUGGCCUGCGGAGUGGUGG